CAGGAGCCCAGAAGGCCCAGUGUAGACUGGGAAAGUGGACUGCGCGGUCACGUGACGAUCACCCACCCGGGGGGCGGAGCUCCGCCCCGUGCCCUUGGCUUCCGCGUCUGCUCCAGGAGCCCAGAAGGCCCAGUGUAGACUGGGGAAGUGGACUGCGACUUGGUGGCUGUGAGGCAAGGUGACAGGGUCUCUCUGUUUCAAUGUUUACCAAGAUGUUUUGAGUUAUGUUAACUUUUAUAUAGAGGCAGCUAUAAAGUUCAUACAGUUUUUAAGAUCUCUCAUUUUCAACAACACAGUGUCCUAUGUUAAUAUAGCAUUACAAGUUCAUUUUAAUUAUAAAAGGCAUAGAAUAGACGGUCCCUAAAAGUCACAAAUGCCCAACUGGUCAUUGAUUUGAAUCCAGAAAUUUAAAUUCGAAUUGUUUAUGUGAGUGGUUGUCAACCUGGCUGCACGUUGGAACCACAUUUUUUUCCCCCUUAAAUUAUCACUACCUGUACCUUACUCCAGUACAGUUAAACUAGAAUCUCCAGAGUGUUCACUGGACAGAAGGAAAAUAGAACUAAGGAAAACUAUUCUCUUUUUAUCAUUGGGCCAAAGUCCACGUAGAAUAUAAAGUGGGAGCAGCUCAUUGGUCUCUUUAUAUCUCAGAGUGGCACUUGUCCUAGUGGGGAGUGUUGUAAAAGUUUUAGAUUUCAAUCUCACAUUUUCAAAGUAAGAGGAGAAAGCUUCGAUGGAUCUGGUUGUGGUCCUGGUGCUCUGUCUCUCCUGUUUGCUUCUCCUUUCUCUCUGGAAACAGACUUCCGAGAGAGGGAAACUCCCGCCUGGCCCCACACCUCUACCCAUUUUUGGAAAUAUUCUGCAGUUAGAUGUGAAGAACAUCAGCAAAUCCUUAAACAACCUCUCCAAAGCCUAUGGCCCUGUGUUCACUCUGUAUUUUGGCAUGAAGCCCACUGUGGUGUUGCAUGGAUAUGAAGCAGUGAAGGAAGCACUGAUUGAUAUGGGAGAAGACUUUGCUGGAAGAGGCUAUUCCCCAGUGGUCGAAAAACUUAAUAAAGGAGAUGUUGGAAUCGUUUUCAGCAAUGGAAAUACAUGGAAGACGAUUCGCCGCUUCUGCCUCAUGACCCUGCGGAAUUUUGGCAUGGGGAAGAGGAGCAUUGAGGACCGAGUUCAAGAGGAAGCCUGCUGCCUUGUGGAGGAGUUGAGAAAAACCAGUGGUUCACCUUGUGAUCCCACUUAUAUUCUGGCUUGUGCUCCCUGCAAUAUUAUCUGCUCAAUUAUUUUCCAGAAUCGUUUUGAUUAUAAAGAUCCAAUUUUUUUAAACAUAAUGGAAAUACUUAAUGAAAACAUCAAGAUUUUUAGCUCUCCAUGGAUGCAGAUCUGCAAUAUGUUCCCUGUUUUUCUUGACUUUUUUCCAGGGAGUCAUAACAAAUUAUUUAAAAAUAUUGCAUAUAUAAAAAGUUAUAUUUUGGAGAAAACAGUGGAACACAAAGCAUCUCUAGAUGCUAAUAAUCCUCGGGACUUUAUUGAUUGUUUCCUUAUCAAAAUGGAACAGGAGGAGCAUAUUCAAGAAGUGAAGUUAACUUUAGGAACCUUGGCAAUUACUGUACUUGAUUUGUUUGGAGCUGGGACAGAGACUACAAGCACCACCUUGAGAUAUGCUCUCCUUCUGCUGCUGAAACACCCAGAGGUCACAGCUAAGGCGCAGGAGGAGAUAGAACGAGUGAUUGGCAGACACCGGAGCCCCAGCAUGCAGGACAAGAGCCACAUGCCCUACAUGGAAGCCUUGGUGCAUGAGGUCCAGAGAUACAUUGACCUCCUCCCCGUGAACCUGCCCCAUGCAGUGACCCGUGACACCAGAUUCAGGAACUAUCUCAUCCCCAAGGGCACAACCAUAUUGACGUCGCUGACUUCUGUGCUGCAUAGUAGCAAAGAAUUCCCCAACCCAGAGGUGUUUGACCCUGGCCACUUCCUGGACGAGAGUGGCAACUUUAAGAAGAGUGACUACUUCAUGGCUUUUUCAGCAGGAAAACGGGCAUGUGCAGGAGAGGGCCUGGCCCGCAUGGAGCUGUUUUUAUUCCUGACCACCAUCUUACAGAAGUUUACCUUGAAGUCUGUUAUUGACCCCAAGGACAUUGACACCACCGCAGUUGUCAAUGGAUUUGUUUCUGUGCCUCCUCCUUACCAGAUCUGCUUCAUUCCUUUGUGAGGAAGGACAGACCAUCAGGCUUCUGCUGUGAUGUCCACAAGUCCCAUUCAGCUGACGCCCCUGUCAUCUCCUUUUCUCUUCCUUCCCCUUCUGGUAAUGUUGUCGCCGACCUCUCCUCUCCUUGUCACCCCAUUCUGUCAGGAUCCAGGCACGAACAUCCCAUCUCCAAAGUAGGAUUUCCAAAGUUCCAUGGUACAAAUAUAUGUAUAGCUUCUCCUUGCUCUGUAACAUUGUAUUGGGUAGCUCAUAUGCCAAUACUUAUCUGGUAUUGAGUAGUUAGUUCUGUGUCAUCAGUGGGACAGAGUGAGAUGGUUGGUGUAUGUAAUACAGACAUUUCUCCUCUAUAUGUUCUAAAUAAAACUCACAAUCUGAUGAACCAUUUCUCAUGCUGUCCUCCUUUGUGUGUAAUGCAGAUAACAAAUGGAAGAAAAUAUUAUAAAAGGAGGCCCUGCUCAGACAAGGACAAAAGGCUUGAGGGCAGACCAGCGUGUGACCUAGAAUUACUUGGGGUUUGGAUUUGCAAGUGAGAGAAGUUGUAUUCAGGAGCAGCUUCAUGUGAAGAAAAAUAUGACAUCAGCGAUUCAAAAGUGUCUAUUUCUAUUGCGUUCUAGAAGCGGCAAAAGUAAUCCGUCGUUCUAGAAUCCCGAGCUGUGUUGAUUCAGAGGAUGGUUAUUCUAGGUAAAGAUCUGGGGUGCUUGUUCAGGGUAUUGGGAUUUUUCUGUGCCUUGAUGAUUCGUUACUUGGUUGUUGGUGCUUUAGUAUGAUAUUAGCUGUAGUUUUGUCUCAACCACUGAUCAGUUGUUGUCAGGGGUGGGAUAGAAGAGAUGAGUAAUGCAGCACCGAUUUUU